GGUCUAUAGGAGCACAGCGCUGAGACUCCCACACCAGUGCUGUGAGUUGGCACAACCCCCAGCCGAGUGGAAGGUACUCAGCUUGUUUCUUCAUCAGAACUGUCUGUAAGAGAAGAGAACUGCUCUAGCAAUCCAAAAGUUGCUUCUGAACUGACUGAAUUUCAGAAAGCAUUGAGAGUGAAGAAUACUUUGGAGAAGUGCUAUUAACUAACAAGGUGACAGGAUGGAGAACAAGCAACAAAGCAACGGUGAGAUGAAAGAAAAAGUGCUGAAGAAAAAAUUGAAUUGGUCUGGAAGUCUGAUUGUAGCCUCUUUAACUGGUGCUUUUGGAUCAUCUUUUCUUUAUGGUUACAAUCUCUCUGUCGUGAAUGCCCCUGCAGUGUACAUCAAGAAGUUUUACAAUGAAACUUGGGAAAGAAGAUAUGGCUUCUCAGUGGACGAAAGCACCCUGACUCUCCUCUGGUCUAUAACUGUAUCUAUUUUUGCCAUUGGUGGCCUUGUAGGUGCCAUUAUUGUUACCCCAAUUGUGAAGUUCUUCGGACGGAAGUGUACACUGCUGCUCAAUAAUGUAUUUGCAGUGACAGCCGCAUUGCUGAUGUCACUCUCUUUGUUGGCGGGAUCAUUUGAAAUGCUCAUAUUGGGCCGCAUUAUAAUGGGUGUCGAUGCAGGCAUUUCUCUGAGUGCCCUUCCCAUGUAUUUGAGUGAAAUAUCUCCUAAGGAAAUCCGUGGUUCAUUGGGUCAGGUCACAGCAAUUUUCAUCUGUGUUGGUGUUUUCACUGGGCAAGUUUUGGGGCUGCCAGAGAUAUUUGGGAAAGAAUCUCGGUGGCCUUACUUAUUUGGAGUGAUCAUCGUUCCUUCAUUGGUACAAGUUGUGAUUCUGCCUUUUCUUCCUGAAAGUCCUCGUUACCUCCUACUUGAAAAACAUAAUACCAGCAAGGCAGAAAAAGCAUUUCAGACCUUUCUUGGGAAAGAUGACGUGUCUCAUGAAGUAGAAGAAGUUUUGGCAGAGAGUCGAGUCCAAAGAAACACCAAAUUGGUGUCGGUACUACAGCUCCUGAAAACCCGUUCUGUGCGAUGGCAGGUCAUUACUGUGGUUGUCACCAUGGGCUGCUACCAGCUCUGUGGGCUAAAUGCUAUCUGGUACUACACAAACAACAUCUUUGGAGAAGCUGGGAUCAAUCCUGAAACAAUUCCAUAUGUUACUCUAAGCACUGGUGCUGUCGAGACUUUGGCUGCUGUUUUUUCUGGCUUAGUUAUUGAGCGGCUCGGACGCAGGCCUCUUCUCAUCGGAGGUUUUGGGUUGAUGAUUGUCUUCUUUGCAAUUCUUACCGUGUCUCUGACUUUACAGAAUAAUGUGCAUUGGCUUCCUUACCUCAGUAUAUUUUGCAUUCUUGCAAUCAUUGCAUCAUUCUGCAUUGGACCAGGUGGGAUUCCAUUUGUCCUCACGGGAGAGUUUUUCCAGCAGUCUCAGAGGCCAGCUGCUUUCAUGAUAGCUGGGACAGUCAACUGGCUCUCCAACUUCGCAGUCGGACUGCUCUUCCCUUUCAUUCAGAGUGGUUUACAGACCUACUGCUUCCUAGUGUUUGCUGCCAUCUGCUUCGCAGGAGCCACCUACCUGUUUUUUGUCCUGCCUGAAACAAAAAACAAGACACUCAAUGAGAUCAGCCAAGCAUUUGCAAAAAGGAAUAAGGUCUCUUUAGAAAUGCAAGAAAUGAACCACUACUCAGGAGAGAGGAAAUCAAGUGAAGAGCAAGAUUCAAACUUCACUUCUUCGGUGGACAAUGGGGAAACCAAAAAAGGAAUCGUUUAAAAACAAGGAUGUUCUUUCGGGGGGACUGGGGGAAAACAUGUUCUUUUCAUUCAGUAUGUUUAUAGUGGUGCACAACUUGUAUUUUUAAUGUGACAGCAUGAACUGCUUCCUCCUUGAAUACGUUUUUAAGUGAAUACUGGUGAAUUCAUUAACAGCUAGGGUGAGUGUAGAGGAAGUGGGAGGCAGAAGGAGCAGCAGCUGUUUAAAUAACUAAAAGCCAAAGUUUUCUUGGGCACCUGCAAAAUAGGUGGUAUGGCAACAGGGGUGGGCAAUAUAGACUUGAAGAAGAAAAUUGGCCUUGGGGAGCAGAAUUUGGCAGAGCACAGCUGUGUGGUAAUGGUGGGGUGUGUGUGCACUUGGCAGGAGAUGAAAGGGAAAAGAUUCCUGCUGGGAUCAGGCUGCUGGGAAUCAAUGCAAGCAAACCUGAAAUGGGACCAGCUUGCAUUUCUCCACGUUUUCCAAUGUGUCAUUAAAGUUGCACGUGAGAUUGAGUGCUUCAAAGAAGACUGGUGACACUCCCCUGACCCUGACCUCUAAGUCCAUCUCCAGCUAUUUUGGCUUUCCAUUGCUUCAUCCAAAAGCCUCCCAGCUUCACAUAAAUGGAGAGCUGCAGGUACUGAUCAGUUUCCUCAUCUCUCUCACAAAUCCUGAUCAACUAGUAAUAGAAUUGCCUGUAGUUUCGGAAUUUGCUGGCACUGCAUUUCUGUGGAAAUUAUUUAUAUAUAUAAAAGAAUAGCUGUAGAAUCUUUAAUAUGAAAGAAAAGCUAAACCUCAUGGUCAAGUGAAAGAACACUGAUGUAUAGGGUGUAUCAGUAAAAAAAAUCAAACACCAUGUUUCCCAAGGGUUUUUGUUUGUUUCUUUUCUAUUUAUUUUUUUUUUUUUUAAGUUUGGCUUUUCUUUUUGAGCUCCUUUUAAAACAACCCCUAGGAGCCAAAAUUUCCCUGAGGCCCCAUAAAUGUAGUUUCUUAACAAUCAGAUUUCCAAAGGAACUUGGAUACCUAUUUCUUAUUUGAACAUUAAUUUUCAUUUGGGCAUUAGAUUCUGAAGCUUUGGACCUUGUUCAUGUUUAUAAGUUUCUAAGCUAUUUAAUGCAUUGUAAAACUGUCCCCAAGGUCUGCUUAAUUUCAUGAUAGCAAGACUCAGUGGGCUGCCUGGUGUUAGGUGAUCCGUUCCCUUACAUUUGUGAUAUUUUUAAUGAAUAUCAUCUUUCCAGUUUGCAAUUAUGGUAAUGGUUUUUCUUGACUCUUCUAGGUACCUGGAUGCUGAGGGGGGUAAUAAGCACUUUUAAAUUCAAUAGAUAACUUGUUUUGUAUGAAAAGUCAGUAAGUCUUACAGCUGCUGUCAGUAAGGAGUAAGGCAAAGAAGCAAGUGCUGCAUUUAGGUGGAAUCAGCUGCUUCCAGAAGUAAUAUUUAGUAAUGCAGAAAUUUGUGAUUUUUAAAUAUAUAUAUAUUCAUAUAUAUACUCAUAUAUAUUCAAAAUAUAAAUGUAUAUAUGACUAUACAUAUAUUCACAUAUAUAAAUAUGGAACACUAUUUUCCAGUACUUGUUUUGCUCAGAUUUCCCCAACUGACAAGCUGCUUAAUGUUUUGUUUUAUACUGUAAAUUAAAAUCAGAGGUCCUGAUGUUCAGCUAUCACUACUAAAUGUUGUAUAGGUUAUACUGUGAUUUAUUUAUUUAUGGCUUAUUUACUACGCACAUUGUAAGCUGACAACACAGAUUACAUGAUAGGGCAAUUUCACUACCAGGUAAUAGAAGAAAAAUUGGUCUGAGACUUUAUGCGUGGAUUUCUGCUAUUUUACUGUGACAGAAGUACAUAAACAAGUAAGAUGAAAUGAAAGAUACAAGGAAAAGAAUUAAGAAUGAAGAUUCAGAUUUAUGAUACUGGUGCUAUUCUUAAGAAACAGUAAAUCAGGACGAUACCAACUGAUAAUCAGAUAUAGAAACUAAUCAAAUACUAUGGAAGAAGACUGAAGAAAAUUGUCUUCAAUAACCACUUCCAAAAUUGUAUAUGUAGCAAAUGGACAUGUCAUCUUUCAGUGGCUUUAGUUGCUUAGUCCAUGUGUUACAUGAGCUUGUUAAGCGGGUGGUUGUGUAAAAAAAGAGCUUGAAUACCACCCCCUCCAGACCAUUUCAAGAAUAAAUUCUUCCUCUUCUGCCUGUAGGGCAAGACUGGCAAGUUCAGACUCUCUCAUUCAGACUCUCAUUCAUUCAGAUUCUCUCAUGAAAAUUACUUUGCAACUAGGGCUACCAACAUAAUAUCUUGUGAUCUGAUUGAGUCAAGGUGGCAGGAUUGGAAUCCAUUAUUAUAAUUAGGAAAAUUUAGCAUUAGUGAUGUUCAUUGAUGUACAUUACAGGCAUUACUUGUUGAUAAUGUUGAUACCAAGUAACUUUGAUAAAAUAUCAUACAGUAUUUCAAUUGGACUUCCAGAAGAUAAAAUUAUCUUACAAUUGCUUCCAGUUGCGUUUGGAGCCCAGCUCUAAAUGUGUUGGUAAAGGGAUGGUUCUGUAGAAUUUCCUAUUGCUGCUCAGGGGCUUGUACAGUAUUAACAGCAGGGGGCUGUGCCCCAUUUGCGCAUCUCUUGCCAUACCAGAGACAGGCACACUCCAGAUACGCACUUUCUGUGCAGCUGCAGACCGAGAGCGCCAUGGACUGUGGCUGCACAUCUCUUCUGCCAUUUGCUCCAGCCCAUAGUUCAGGUUAAAAACAAUUCCAGUCUCCAAAUGUGUCUUUGUGCAGAUGCUUUGUUCACUGCUUAGGGAAGGUAGCUUCAGUCUCCUUUGCCUUGGGUUGGGGAAGUUUCUGAGGAAGCUGCAGAUGUGCAGGUACUGCAUAGCUUCUCAUCUGUGACCCUAAUGAGAGUUUUGUAUUGCUCUUGAAAUUGUUCAGUAAUUUUUUUUUUCAUUUUUUUUUCUUUUCUUUUUUUCCCUCCAUUGUUAUGCUGCUAUGGCUUCUCCAGCAAUGAGAGGGCAAAAUGGACAAUAUCAUUAACAUAUUGUUGGGUUUUCUUGUUGAAUGUGUCAAAUAGUCUGCAGCCCAUGUAUUUGUCAGUGAGUGCUGUGUGGUGUCAUGUUCACUUUUGAAUGAGAUACUGCUAGAUGGUGUUUCUUUGUAUGAGUACCGUGACUGACUUGUGUGUGUUUGAUCAAUUGUGUUCACACACAACGACUGCAAAAUAAACCUUUGGAAUUAAACAA